GCCAUGCUGCUCUUCAGACUCAGCCCAACAAUGUUUCUUGCAGCAGUUUGCCUGUUCAUGGCAUCAGCGGUUUCUACAGAAACAGUCACAACCUGUGUUGAUUACAACAAUCCCCAUUAUCUGGAAUGUGAGAAUGGAGUGAUCAAUGUGAAGUCGGUCUUUUAUGGACGUACAAACAAAGUCAUCUGCAGUGAAGGCAGACCUCCACACCAGCUGAGCAACACUGAAUGCUCUCAACCUGGAACUGUGAACUUUGUCAAAGACAGGUGUAACGGUAGGAAGUCGUGUGAGAUCAGCUUAAACGACAUCAUUAAUCCUGAUCCCUGCUAUGGAAUUUACAAAUAUCUACAGACCAACUUCACCUGCGUUCCUGCAGUUCACCUCAUUGCAUGUGAGCACUCUUAUGCACAUUUGACCUGCGGUCAAGGGGAGGCUAUAUUUGUCUUGGGUGCCAACUAUGGUCGUCAAGAUAGGAACAUCUGCUAUGUCAGCCGACCUCCCAAUCAGGUUCAAAAUGUCUACUGCUCCAACCCCACCCAGAUAGUCGCUCAGAGGUGUAGUUGGGAAAGAAACUGCACCAUCUAUGCAAGCAACUUGAUAUUUGGAGACCCCUGUCCUGGGACAUUCAAGUAUCUGGAGCUGUCUUAUGUUUGUCUCAAUCCUCUCGCUGGAUGAUGUUAAUCCUGUUUUAUUCUUAAGUUACAAUCAUGUGUUUACUGAAACAUGCAUUCCAUAUUUGUGGAAAAUCACAAUGAAAUGAAAUUAAAUUAAAAGAAUAAGUUAAAAAAAAAUCUUGCUCAAAUUGAAGGGGAUUUCACUUAGUUUAUUGGUUUCACUUACAUUGUUUUUCUAUUUUUUCUGAAGUUGUACAGAAAUAUUGCAGUAGGUGAAAGUUGGAAAUUGUUGAGUUAACUGGUCAUUCAUGGAUUUGGUCCUCUGAAUACAUUGUAAUAGUGUUUUCUUUAAUAAAAAAAAUGAUUGUAACUUGCAUGAAGGUCUGAAAUUAGACAAACGUUCAAAACCUUUCUUAUUAUUGUUUGUUUAGUGGAUUUUAAUUAAGUUUUUAUAGAGUAAUAUAAUUUAACAAUUACCAAAUGAUUAUAAGUAAAGAAAACAUUAAAACACCAAAACAAAUGUCUUCCUGAAUGCCUUCUCUGCAAACUGUGUGACAGGAGUCUUUGCAGGAUAAUCAAAACUCUUUGCUGCUUCAAAGCCUCAUGGGAACUUGAGUUUGAUGAUACACUUUAUGACUUUACGGCUUAUUUUUGUGUCAG